GCACAGAAUCCAAAGCAGGCUCCAGGCUCUGAGCUGUCAGCACAGAGCCCAAUGCAGGGCUCAAAACCACGAACUGCAAGAUCAUGACCUGAGCCAAACUUGGACACUUAAAACCGACUGAGCCACCCAGGCGCCCCUCAAGUGUUCUUAAUAUGCCCAACUAAGUUAGUGGAUGAGGCGGGAACUUGGUAAGAUGCUUAUUUCCUGCUCUUUCCUCAGAGUGGUAGUACAAUAAGUAGUGUAUCAUCCUUUACUAUGAUCAGGAAGAAUUUGGUUUACCCUUUGCCAGCACACAGCAGGAAAGAUCUAUGCUGGGAUCCCAGUUUCUCAGAAAAUGCCCACAUAUUAAAAACCUGAACUGAAUGUAUAAGAGAAAGUGGAAUAUGUGGUUUGUAAAGUGUGAAAGCUAAUAAAAUUUUUUUCUUCCUCAAAUCUUAAAUUUGUUCAAAUUCAUAUUUGGGAAAUUUUGUGGGGACACUGCUUGUGUUAUUUUGUUUGUGCUUUUUGUUUUUUGUUUUUCCUAAGUAAAAUUUAAUCCUUGGGUUGGAGUGCUGAUUUUUCAGGGCAUGAAAGAAAACAUGGACUUUGGUUUGAGGGCAUUAAGACAAACCUUGGAAUCCCAGAUCAGCCACUUGUUAAUUGUGUGAUCUUGGGCCAGUUACUUGGCUCAACUUUGGUUUCCUUGUAUGUAAAGAGGACAUACCAUAUCUCCUUGGCCAGAUUCUUGUGAAGAUUUGAUACAGUAUUUAUAAAGCACCUAGGGGCACCUAGGUGGCUCAGUCGGUUAAGCCUCUGACUUCAGCUCAGGUCAUGAUCUCACAGUUCCUGAGUUUGAGCCCCAUGUCAGGCUCUGUGCUGACAGCUCAGAUUCUGUCUCCCUCUCUCUCUAACCCUCCCCUGCUCGUGCUGUCUCAUUCUCUCUCAAAAAUAAAUAAACAUUAAAAGAAUUUUAAAGCACCUAACAGAAAAUAGAGAUUCAAUAAAUGAUAGCUAGCUUAAGUAAUUUUUCCCUAUUGUAUAACAGGGACAUUGGGCACGACAAAUCAGACUUUGUCUUAUAAUAGUAGCUGAGUAUUCUUUAAAAGUGACUUCUGACUUUGACAGUGAAUCUCAUUUGCUUUGAAUCAAUUAUAAGAUGGAAAAUUCAGGCUGUGUAAGCAACUAGAACAUAGUAUUAUUCAGAUCAUCACCUUGGAUUUGAAUUUCACUUAGGCCUGUUAGUUCUGCUUCUAGGGCCACACACUAUACCUCAACCCUCCUCACAACCAUCUUACAAAGAUGUGCCUUUAUUCACAGGUAGGAUCAAAUGAGAAAAAAGUUCAAGGUUUGUCUCACUGAUGACUUCAUGUUACCUAAGCUAAUAUGUUUACCUAGUAAAGACCCAAAUGUAAAAACAGUACUAAACAACGUUUAGAAUUAUUUGUUAGUUUUCUACAAACAGUGCUUGUUCUCAUAGGAAAUUCAUUGCCUGUGAACAGUGAGUAAGUGUCCACACUGAAGACUCAAAGGUGUUUACCUGCAAGCAGGUAUGACUGAGAUAGUGGAAAGACAGGUUUUCCUGCUCACCCACAGUUCUUAUUUCUGAAAUGACUCCUAAUGCCUCCUUAAACUAAGAGAUAACCAGUGCAGGAAGGUUUUUCUCUCCUUGGCAGAAGUGUUAGUUGCUUUGGGCUUCCCUCCUGAUAUUUCCUACCUGGAGAGAAGGACCUUUGGAAGGAAUGUUGACCAGGUUUUCUCUGUUUAUUGACCUAGAUUUUCUUGUAUGCUAGUGUCUUGUAAUCAAUCCAAAUCUGUUUAAGGUUAUUAAAUGCAUAUUGGUUGCUAAAAAGAUUGUCAUGGUUUGUGAUAGGCUCAAUUCAGAUAUUCAUGGAACCAGGAAAUCUCAAAGCAUCCAGAUUUUUCUGUUUUCACUAUUCUAUAUUUCAAGAAUGUGUCAGUGACCUACAGUCUUGGUGUUGUACGUACAGAAGCCAGGGCUCUUUGGCAUUGUGAUUCCAGGAACUAUUCAGUGUAAGUUUAAAGAUUUUAAUGACUGCUUACUAGGUUAUAAAGUAUUGCAUGGUGAAACUAUAAACUGUCCCCUUUAAGCUUUAAUGUAUAAGAUGGAAAUAUGUAUGUCUAGAAAGGAAUCGACCUAUAAUUAAAUGUGAAUGUGUUAAACGAAGAUUUGUGUUCAGUAUUUGGGUACAUAAAUUCUGCUUCUUUGAAAGGGUGAUUUUGUCUUACUGCAUGCCCAGUGCCUGGAUCGCUGCCUGACAUGUGGAAUACUCUGACUGAAUAUUUACUGAAUGAGAGAAUUAGUGAAUGAAUAGCUUUGGGUCCAGAUGUAGGAUAAUGUUGAAAGAUUUUAAAUAGAAAUGAAUAAACCUGGGGUAUUUUGUUUUCCUUAGUAAUUUGCUGAUUUUCUUCCUAAUUGUAAAUAAUCAUAUACGUAUAUGCAUUUUUACAUUGUACCAGUUUGCUUUCCCUCUAACAGUAUGAGAAAUGCCUGUUUACCUACAGAACCUGAUUCUUAGCAUUUUUUCUUUGGGCUCAAUCUCAAGUUAGGAUGCAACAUUUGUGAAAUUUUAAUAUUAUAUUUGUAUGUAAUAUACAUAUAAAAUGUCAUUAUAAUAUUCAAGGAGAAUUUUUUUCUUUUAGUUUUCAAAAAUCAAGGUAUCCUUCUGAAUGAAAUUCCUAAAAUAGAAUAAAUCGUCUUGGCAUAUAUUUCUUGAAGUUGUAGCUUCCACCUUAAAACCAGAUCCUUAAAUAGAAAAAAUACUUGUUUUCAAUUGUCCAAAACAUUUUCAAAGAAAAUCGUUAUCAUCCCUUAUCUCAUUAUUUAUUGCAGCUCAGAAAGGAAGCACCUAACUUUUUGCUAUCAAGGUAUAAAUGCCUCAUUGGAUAAUACAGACAUGUAUGUGGGUAGGUGAGUUGGUUGGUUGGUGAGUUGAUAAUAUAUGAUAAUAUGCCCUUAGGAUGUUCCAGGAUGGGAGGCUUUUUAAAAAUAUAACAUAGUUUUAUCUUUUACUUAGAAACAUAAUACAUACUUUAUGCAGAAACGUGGUAGGGGCACCUGGGUGGCCCAGUUGGUUAAGCGUCUGACUUCGGCUCAGGUCAUGAUCUCAAGGUUCAUGAGCCCCAUGACAGGCUCCGUGCUGACAGCUCAGAGCCUGGAGCCUGCUUCAGAUUCUGUCUCCUUCUCUCUGCCCCUCCCCCACUCACCCUCUGUCUCUAUCAAAAAUAAAUAUUAAAAACAAUUAAAAAAGAAAUUUGGUAAAUACAACAACUUCAAAAGCGAGGGUGGGGCAGGGGAUUGCCAUUAAUUGGAAGGGAUUUUACUUUUUAGCAUCAAGGUUUUUUUCUUGCACUUCUAUCUAGUCUAAAAAGUCAGGUUUUGUACCUUGGAGAAGGAGAUUGUAAAUGCCUGAGAGUAUGAUAUUUAACUUGAAAAUCUGCUUUGGCUUUUCUUAAAACACCACCUUUAGUAAAGAAUUUUGAUAGCUAGGUAUAUGAGGGUAAAAGAUGGAAGUGAAUUAUGUGCUUACUAAAUUAAUCUAACUGCCUCUUUCAUCAUCUUUGCAAUGAAGUAUUACCCAGUGUUAAUUGUCCUCCUGUUAUCUAGCCCUUUUAUCCCAAAGUGAGGGAAUUGAUGAGGAUAGGUGCAUUGUGUUAUGUCUGAUCACAGUUUGACUAGCACAGUCUGGAAGUGGGUUGUACAGGAUGAGAGCAGCAGCUUAAUUGCUCUCCCUGCAUCAGCAGCAUCUAUAAAGCAUCCUGGGAAUUGCUCGCCCUACGUUCAGAGCAGCUGGUCACAUGAGCCUGGAUUUUCAGUUCAGUUCAUUAGUCAGCCAUUUUGGUCAACACCCUGCUUACUGCGCACAACCAAUCCUAUUAGAACUCAGCAUCCCGGCUCAUCUGAGCAGAUCCUGGAAGUGAUUUCUGCAGUUCAGGAUAUUUUUUAAGCUAAAUUGAAAAUAUUGGUUUAUUUUUCGGGAUUUUUUCGGGGUAUUUUUUUUCCUGCACAAAGGAGGAUUUUUCACUUAUUCAUUCAGAGACCAGUUUUUUAAAGCCAGCUAAGGUGGCAUCGGCUGUGCAACGUUUAAAGCCUAUAGCCCAGCUGAAAAAGGAGGGGGCAGGGAAGAGAAGAUAAAAGGACAGAAGCUAGAGAAACAGGCAUCAUUUUAUUUUGCUAUGUGGUAGGAACUAUCUAUGAGAAAAGAUAGUAGAGGAUUGCUUGUCUUGAACAGUUGGUUCUUAAACCGUAAGGUAUUUUUCCUUGUGUUUUGUUUUAAUCUCCCCCACCCCUUUUCCUGAGAGCUUUGUUUCAGAGCUUUGGAUUUGGGGUUUUGGGGUAAGGAGGUUUUAUUUAUUUUUGUUGGGGUGAGUGUGUGUGUGUUUGUGUGUGUGUGUUGUGGUCCCAGCUGAGUCAUCAUGUCUGCUCUGACGCCUCCAACUGAUAUGCCAACCCCCACCACUGACAAGAUCACACAGGCUGCCAUGGAGACCAUCUACCUUUGCAAAUUCCGAGUGUCUAUGGAUGGAGAAUGGCUCUGCCUGCGAGAGCUGGAUGACAUCUCACUUACACCUGACCCAGAGCCUACCCAUGAAGACUCUUGGGAGGAUUUGACAGAUUUGGUGGAGCAAAUGCGUGAUGAUACAGAAGAUCCUAAUUAUCUCAUGGCUAACGAACGCAUGAACCUGAUGAACAUGGCCAAGCUGAGUAUCAAGGGCUUGAUUGAAUCAGCUUUGAACCUGGGAAGAACUCUGGACUCAGACUAUGCACCCCUCCAGCAGUUCUUCGUGGUGAUGGAACAUUGCCUGAAACACGGCUUGAAGGCUAAGAAAACUUUUCUUGGACAAAAUAAAUCCUUCUGGGGGCCUCUAGAACUGGUAGAAAAGCUUGUUCCAGAAGCUGCAGAGAUAACAGCAAGUGUUAAAGAUCUUCCAGGACUUAAGACACCAGUAGGCAGAGGAAGAGCCUGGCUUCGUUUGGCAUUAAUGCAAAAGAAACUCUCAGAAUACAUGAAAGCUUUGAUCAAUAAGAAGGAACUUCUCAGCGAAUUCUAUGAACCCAACGCCCUCAUGAUGGAAGAAGAAGGAGCCAUAAUUGCUGGUCUCUUGGUGGGUCUCAACGUCAUUGAUGCCAAUUUCUGUAUGAAAGGAGAAGACUUGGACUCUCAGGUUGGAGUUAUAGAUUUUUCAAUGUAUCUCAAGGAUGGGAACAGCAGUAAAGGUAGUGAAGGAGAUGGCCAAAUUACUGCAAUUCUGGAUCAGAAGAACUAUGUAGAGGAACUCAACAGACAUCUAAAUGCUACUGUAAACAACCUUCAGGCAAAAGUGGAUGCAUUAGAAAAAUCCAACACUAAACUGACAGAGGAGCUUGCAGUUGCAAACAACAGGAUUAUUACCUUGCAAGAAGAAAUGGAACGAGUUAAAGAGGAAAGCUCCUACAUAUUGGAAUCCAAUCGGAAGGGUCCUAAGCAGGACAGAACUUCAGAUGGGCAAGCACUGAGUGAAGCCAGAAAGCAUUUAAAGGAGGAGACACAAUUGCGACUGGAUGUUGAAAAAGAACUGGAGAUCCAGAUCAGCAUGCGACAGGAGAUGGAAUUGGCUAUGAAGAUGCUGGAGAAGGAUGUCUGUGAGAAGCAGGACGCCCUUGUGUCUCUGCGACAGCAGCUGGAUGAUCUCAGGGCUCUCAAGCAUGAACUUGCCUUUAAGCUGCAGAGUUCAGACUUAGGAGUGAAACAGAAAAGUGAAUUAAACAGUCGCUUGGAAGAGAAAACUAAUCAGAUGGCUGCUACCAUCAAACAACUCGAACAAAGAUUGCGCCAGGCUGAGCGAGACCGCCAGUCUGCUGAGUUGGACAACCGGCUGUUCAAGCAGGACUUCGGAGACAAGAUAAACAGUCUGCAGCUGGAAGUGGAGGAGCUCACCAGGCAGCGGCACCAGCUUGAGUUAGAGCUAAAACAGGAAAGAGAAAGAAGGUUACAAAACAACAGGAACAUCCCAGGAAAGGGCUUUCAGAAGCCAGAACCCAAAACGGAUGGGAAGCACAAAAUUCAAGAGGAAAAUGCUAAACUUAAAAAGCCCCUGGACGAAAGCCACAGGCUGCCGUCUCCCCCUGCGAAUGAACAGGACCAGCCGCUGCUCUCUGCAAAGCCACAGAUGUGUCAGCUGUGCCAGCAAGACGGCCGCCUUGCAAAGAAUAUGUGUAAGAACUGCAGAGGAACGUUCUGUGAUACCUGCUCAACAAAUGAACUGCCUCUUCCCUCAAGUAUCAAGCCUGAGCGAGUUUGCAAUCCCUGCCAUGAGCAUCUGAUGAAACAGUAUUCCGCCAGCCCAUCGUAAGACUGGAAGCCAAGGCCUGGACCAGUGUCUGUACCUGUGUUAGAUGUCAAGAUUUCCUAGAGCCCAGACCUUAGAAUCAACUCCAGAAUUGAUAGCAAUGAUUUAAAUAAACCAGGUCCAGGGAGAAAAGGCAAUGAGUAGUUGGGGGUCCUGGAAAUUUUGCUCAUUUUCCCUAAUGACUAUAUGAAUAAAAGUUACUCAGUUGAGCACCUCUCUUCUAAAUCUAAACAACUCCACCUUGAAGGCUUAAUUCUGUAACUUGUCUUUGGAGGGGCUAUUCAUUUUUAUGAAUAGUGAUAAUAAUACUGGGGUGAAUAUAAUAGGAGAGAGAGUCCAACAGAUAAGAAAAGGAAAAUGAUUAUCUCCCUCUAUUAAUGUGCAGAUUCAAGGGGGAAAGAUAAAUGUUACCUGAGAUCAAAAUAAUAGGUAUUAUAUAUUUUCCCUGGGUGCUGCUAGACAUAAACAUUGUUUCCUCUUCAUCCCCACUAACUACCUCUUUCAAGUAUCUCUACCAAACUGUGAACCCAAACUCAGGGAAAAGAAAUUAAAGAGUAAUAUAAAUUUUGAAUGUACUUAAAACAAUAUUAUAAUUUAUUAUAGUUUCAGGACCAGGAAGGCCCUGGGCUAUAAAUGUUUUCAAUAUCAGAACAAGAGGAACACUUGACAGUUUAUCCACUUUGACUUCAAAAGUAAAUAUCUGCCCUUUUCAGAAUGUCCUACUAAAAAAUAAGCCAACUCCCUUCCUCAUCCUUCCCUGCUCUCCCAAGUCCUAAGGAAAAUUGUAAGAUAUUUUAAAGAUAGGGUUUGACUUUUGCAAGUAGUUAUUGAAAGCAAAGCUAAGUUGCGUGUAAAACAAAUUUGUCCAUGUCUGAGAACAAUUAGAUCAGAAUAUUUAUUAAAUUUUCUUGAAUAAGCGAUACCUUAUUCUGAGCCAAGAAUUUGAACUGGUAGGUUUCUUGGAAAACGUGACACUCAAACAUCUCUUCAUAACAAACCCUUUGGGGGAAAAGAGGAAUGUGCAUUCCACAAGGGAAGGAAAGAAAUGGUAUAUGCUAUUUUGAUUAUGUUACAUGUGCCUAGAUUGUUUGAUUCCAAUUAAGACCUAAGAAGAUAUGAUUCUGUAACUGGUUUAGAAUUCUGGGGUGAAAACAUCCUGGAACCAUGAUACUUGAUCUUCUGUCUCCUGAGAAGGGUUAUAGCCUGGGAAAGAGUUGUUAUUCGGGAAGUCUGGCUUGUUACAUGGUAAAGUUGAGCUAUAAGAGUACUAGGAAAGAAUAAAAUCUAAUAGUCUUGCCUA